AUGGCUCUGACAAAUGACUCUAUAGUAACUGAAUUUGUUCUCUUGGGGUUAACAGUCAAUCCUGAUUUACAAAUACCCCUUUUCAUAAUCUUUCUAGCAACAUAUAUUAUAACUUCAUUGGCAAAUUUAGGUUUGAUCAUUCUAAUUGUACUGAAUUCUCACCUCCACACCCCCAUGUACUUUUUCCUCUUUAAUUUGUCCUUCAUUGACCUCUUUUACUCUUCUGUUAUUACACCCAAAAUGCUGAUGAACUUCAUAUUAGAGAAGAACAUUAUCUCCUAUAUGGGAUGUAUGACUCAGCUCUACUUCUUUUGUUUUUUUGCCAUUUCUGAAUGUUAUCUGCUAACAUCAAUGGCCUAUGAUCGCUAUGUGGCUAUCUGCAAUCCACUCUUGUAUAAUGUUGCCAUGUCUCCUAAGGUGUGCUCUUAUCUUAUGCUUGGGUCAUAUUUGACGGCGUUUUCUGAUGCCAUGAUCCAUACAGGAUGUGUUCUGAGAUUAUCCUUCUGCAACAGAAACACUAUCAACCACUAUUUCUGUGAUCUCCGCCCUCUAUUCCAGCUCUCCUGUACCAGUACAUAUGUUAAUGAGAUGGAGGUUUUCAUUGUAGGGACAAAAGACGUAUUUGUCUCUACUGCCAUCAUCUUUACCUCAUAUGGUUUUGUCCUCUCCAGCAUCUUCCGACUAAAUUCCACUGAAAGCAGGUAUAAAGCUUUCAGCACUUGCAGUUCACACAUAAUUGCUGUCUUAUUGUUCUUUGGAUCUUUAGCCUUGAUUUAUCUUAAGCCUUCCAGAACAGGAUCUGUGGAAGUGGAAAAAAUCUUUUCCAUCCUUUAUACCACUGUGGUUCCCAUGAUGAACCCUUUAAUCUACAGCUUGAGAAACAAAGAUGUUAAAGCAGCACUCAGUAAAACUCUGAGCAGAAUUUUUUGA